GAAGAGAGAAUCCCCAUUGCUGUAACCCGGGUUGCUUUCAGCCUAGCUUGCGUGUCAGUCUAGAAAGAAUUCCUUGCCUUCAGCCGAGCUUGGGUCCGGGGCACAGGUAAAGAAAGAAUCCUCCGCUUUCAGCCUAGCUGGAUCCUCUUGAAUCGUCUCUCCGUCAAAAAAGAAUGUGGCGGGGAAAGGUAAUGGUUUGAGAGAGAAGUAUCGGCUCCGGCCGUGGAGCUAUCAUAUCGGUCUUUUCAAUCUUGUAGCCGAGCGUUCCCCAAUAUAGCCUAAGCCAGUGAAGAGACCACUAAAUGCUGUCAUGCGAGCGAGUAAGUCGACGAAGAAAGUCUUCUAUUCUAUUAUCGAGUUGUCGUUCAAAGGCGGUCAAGAAACCCUUUGUUGCGUUCGAAUGUCCCGUUGAAGGCUCUACUAUUUCUUAUUGUUGUUGCUGAAAUUUGAGAAAAGUGAUCAGGUCGACAUCUCGGUCAAAGAACAAAGGCUAGUCGUCAACGAGCAAAGGCAGCCAGUAUUGUUCAAAGGUUCUCCCGGCUCGAGUCCGGUGAUGGCUCCUUUCGUGGAUUAUAAUUUCUGAAUGGCCCCAGAUAGCGUUAAGUUGAUGGGCUUUCAACCUGAGAAUUCUCAAUAUCAUCUAUGGGUGAAUGGUAUCAGAAUGCCUCUUCCGAAAUAGAAGGUUAUUCGGCUUGUUCGUGAAAGCACAGAGGAAUUCAAAGCAUUGUAGCUGUUCCGAGGAAGUUCAAUUCCAGAGAUGGCUAGGGAGCAAAGAAGUAGCCGAGCCUAGGACGAAGGCACGAAAUGCUUUCUCGCCAAUGAAUGAAGAAAUGACCCGCCGGAUUCGCUCGGAGACUAACUCACUCGUCUCGUUCAUGUAUUUACUCGCAGCAUUCGCAGCAAACUCGCAGGCAGGAGAGACCUUGAGUCCAGGCUCAGGAAUCGACUGGUUCCGAGCGGACUCGGGCAGCUGCUGCUUGGAUUAUCGUAGAAUAAGAGGAGCCGUCUUAGGAAAGGAAAUGACUCAACUUCAAAAAAAAAAAGACAGAUGCCGCCUACCUACUCGUGCUCGUAGCUCGAUCGGAGGUCAAGAGCCGUGGUCCGGCGGAAAAACGGAAGUCCGCCUUCUCUUCUUUAGAGAAGCCAAACUCGAACGGAUAGAGCAGAUGGUCCAACUACAUAACUUUUUCUUUUUUAUUAUUUUUAUGGUCGUGCCUUGUGGCACGGCAGCACCCGUACUAUUGAAAUGGUUCGUCAGUAGAGAUGUUCCCACGGGUGCCCCUUUUUCCAAUGGUACUAUAAUUCCUAUUCCUAUCUCUUCAUUCCCUCUUUUGGUCUAUCUACAUUCAAGGAAAAUCAUACGCUCCAUGGACGGAGCAAAAAGUGGAGUCUUGCACGCGAUAGGUCAGCGAAGCGUGAGCGGGCGCGGAGAAGGAAAGGCCAAACACUUCGGCCGAACGGGAAUGAGCAACGACGAAAUGACAAGAUGAGGUGCUCCGGGCACCCCCAUUUAGAUUUAGA